CGGGUGCAAGAUGAGGAUCGAAAAAUGUUAUUUCUGUUCCGGACCCAUUUAUCCCGGCCACGGCAUGAUGUUUGUCCGGAACGAUUGCAAGGUGUUCAGAUUCUGUAAAUCCAAGUGUCAUAAAAACUUUAAGAAAAAGCGCAAUCCUUGCAAAGUAAGGUGGACGAAAGCCUUCCGGAAAGCAGCUGGUAAAGAGCUUACAGUGGAUAAUUCAUUUGAAUUUGAAAAACGAAGAAACGAACCUAUUAAGUACCAGCGAGAGCUAUGGAAUAAAACUAUUGAUGCAAUGAAGAGAGUAGAAGAGAUCAAGCAGAAACGGCAAGCUAAAUUUAUAAUGAACAGGUUGAAGAAAAAUAAAGAACUACAGAAAGUGGAGGACAUCAAAGAAGUAAAGCAAAAUAUCCAUCUUAUCCAUGCCCCUGUUGCAGGCAAAGGAAAGCAACUGGAAGAAAAAAUGUUACAGGAAUUGCAACAGGAUGUGGACAUGGAAGAUACUUCUUAAAAAAUCCCACUGCUUAUAACCAUUUCUAUUCAGACAUUGAAAAUCUUCUUUGGAGACUUAGAACUUCUAAAUUAUUGUUUUGUUAUCUUACAUAAGUUCUCCCCAAUCAGAGGGUUUGAGGAUCCAUCUACAUUACUAUCACCAAAGUAUAAGUUAGUGUAUGUGCUAGAUUGGUUCUUAUUGUUAAACUUUCACUGACAGCUAUGUAAGUCUUGAGCAAAGAGAAGUGCAUUUAGGAAAUAAAAUGGUCAUGUCAUCUGGAAAAAAAAAAA